AUGCUCGCCUCCUCCCUCCGCACCGCUCGCCCUCGCACCUCGGCCGCCCACCUUCUCUCCCGGCGCUCGCUGCUGGCGACGACCUCUCGCGGAGGCUACGCCGUCCAAUUCCAGCACGCCCGCUUCCACAACCAUGCCUCGUCCCAAUCGACCAUUGAGGUGAAGCCCGGCGCCACCACGGGCUACACGUCGCAGACGAUCAACACGCCGCGCUCUUCGCCCCGCUCGACGGCCGACACGGCGGUGCUGGCCAAGCUGCCGACGCCCAGCCUGUUCCGCAACCUGCUGAUCCAGAACAUCUCGUCGUACCCGCGGCUGCUGACGGUGCUGCUGGGCAUGCUGAAGCGGUACACGACCUUCUUCAUCACGGCGCCCGUGUUCAAGCACGUGCUGCACCAGGCCUUCUACGCGCACUACUGCGCGGGCGCCACGAUCCCGGAGAUCACGCGCACGGUGCGCGGGCUCCAGCAGCUGGGAUACAAGGGCGUGAUUCUCAACUACGCCAAGGAGGUGGACAUGCACGCCGCGGGCCAGGCCAACGAGGCUGAGCGUCAGAAGGUGCAUGAGGAGCAGGUUGGGCAGUGGCUCGAGGGCACGCUGAAGACGAUUGAGGGCGCCGAUGGCGCCUUCGCCGCUAUCAAGUUCUCGGGUGCGGGUCUGGGUGUCGUCCACAUGCUCGAGGAGAACCGCGAGGUCCCUGAUGAGAUCUUCGGCAAGGCCUUGACCAAGAUGUGCGAGGCUGCUAAGGCCAGGGGCGUCAAGCUGCUGAUUGAUGCUGAGCAUGCGUCCCAGCAGAAGGCGAUUGACAAGUGGACGAUGGACCUGAUGGAGAAGUACAACAAGGGCUCCGACCUCGUCGUCUACAACACCUACCAAAUGUACCUCAAGGCCUCGUCCCAAGUCCUCGCCGAGCAGCUCCAACUCGCCGAAAACCGCAACUUCAACUUCGGCGCCAAGCUCGUGCGCGGCGCGUACCUAGGCAGCGACCCGCGCCACCUGAUCCACGACACGAAGAGCGAGACGGACACGGCGUACGACACAGCCGCGCACAUGCUGGGCACGUACCACGAGCGCAAGCCCGGCUCGCAGACGCACGUCGCGAUCGUGCUGGCGACGCACAAUGCCAACAGCGCGAACCUGAUGCGCACGCUGCGGGCGGAGCAGCAAGCUAGGGGCCUGCGUCCGGCGGAAGCCGUCUACGGGCAGCUGAUGGGCAUGGCGGACGAGCUGAGCUUGAGCCUGACGACUGCGGACGAGAAGCGCGGGUUUAGGGCUGGUGAUUGCGACGUCUACAAGUAUGUUACUUGGGGCACGACGGCCGAGUGCGUGCUUUAUCUUGUUAGGCGCGCCGAGGAGAACAGGGAUGCUGUUGGGGGGGCGAGGGGUGUCAGGGGCUUGUUUUGGGAUGAGUUGAAGAGGCGGUUUGGGCUCAAGAAGGCGGCGUCGUCGGCUGCAUAG